GUCUAAUCUAGCUUUCUAACCUUCCUUACUUGUAGGUCAUAUUAGAUCUCUGCACUGUACUUUAAUCAUUCAAGUUGAAAUUUUCCCUAGUGUUCGUGGGUAUUUCAUCUCUCAAAUGGCCACCGGAGUGAACAGAAAAAUUUCUGCUGCAUCAGCUCGAGCUCACACCAGGAGAGCAAAGAAAUCCAAUUCCUCACAACUCCCAUCAGGAAUUCUUGGAACAGCACUAGCAGUGUUCUUUAUCGGGUUUCUAGCAUGGGCUUAUAAGGUUAUUCAACCUCCCCCACCCAAGAUAUGUGGCACCCCUGAUGGACCGCCUAUAACAGCACCAAGAAUCAAAUUAAGAGAUGGAAGGCAUUUGGCAUACAAAGAGUAUGGUGUUUCAAAAGAUGCAGCCAUGUACAAAAUCAUCUAUGUCCAUGGUUUUGAUAAUUGCAGGCAUGAUGCCGUGCUUGCCGAAGCCUUAUCGCCUGGUAUUGUUGAGGAGAUGGGGAUCUACAUUCUCUCUUUUGACAGACCUGGUUAUGGGGAAAGUGAUCAUGAUCCAAAACGUACAUUAAAAAGCAUUGCUUUAGAUAUAGAAGAGCUUGCAGAUCAGCUGGUGUUGGGGUCCAAAUUCUAUGUGGUGGGUUUCUCUAUGGGUGGACAAAUUGUUUGGAACUGCCUCAAAUACAUACCUCACAGGUUGGCAGGCGUGGGACUCGUUGCCCCAGUUGUCAACUACUGGUGGCCUGGUCUUCCUGCAAACUUAACUACUGAAGCCUAUGGCCAACAGAACAUACAAGACCAAUGGGCCCUUCGGGUUGCUCACUACGUGCCGUGGCUAACUUACUGGUGGAACACUCAACAAUGGUUCCCUGGAUCUAGUGUAAUUUCUGGGAAUCCACAUAUCUUUUCUCGUGAAGACAAGGAAAUUCUGGCUAAGAUGCCCAGUAGAAAAAGUUAUCGAGCACAGAUAAGACAACAAGGCGAAUAUGAAAGCCUCCACCGUGACUUAAACAUCGGAUUCGGUAACUGGGAAUACAGUCCCCUUCAUCUUGAAAAUCCAUUUCCAAAUAGUGAAGCUUCUGUUCAUAUUUGGCAAGGAGAUGAUGAUGUAAUGGUUCCAGUUACUCUGCAACAAUACAUAGCGCAGAAGCUUCCAUGGAUUAUCUAUCACGAGCUUCCAGGUUCUGGUCAUUUGUUUCCUUUAGCUGAUGGUAUGAGUGACAUUAUCAUUAAGAAUCUUUUACGUACGAAGUAGGCUUCUUCUAUAUUGAUCACUGUCUAUCUCAGAUCAGUUUUGGCAUUUGACAUCUCAGUUUUGGUGAAUUCAAACUGUUGAAAAGAAUUAUGUAUGAUCAACUUUGACGAACAUUGAGUGCACUUAAUGGUAAGGAGAGAUCCGGUUACUUAAUAAUUGUAUGAACCUUGUUCUUUUAUGUGGGAAGUUGUUUUACAGAA